GUCUCAAUCAAGCGUUCCAAAUAGAUUGCUGCUGCAGCGGGUGGAGCGCGAGCCAGCGACGGCAGACCAUGGCGCACAGGGCGCGUAUGAGAGUGAGCAACCCGAAGAGAAAAGACACUUUCCAAUGUUGUGUCAGUUAAUGUAAUGAUAACUACAACCAGUCAGCCACGGAUGAUUUUGUGAUUGAGUUGAGUGGUGACCGGGGAAAUGCCGAACGGUGUUAGGAAGCGUGUGUGGAUGGAGCAGCAGCAGCGGUGGAGGAACUAACGGAGAACUAGAAGAGAGGAGCACAACACGAGCGCAGAACAAGUGAACCGCUCUCAUCGCGGAAGGACGGAGAACUUUUGAAACAUUUUACGCGCUUUCUUCUCGCGCAUGCUUUGCGGUUGAUAUCUGCUUUCACGUAUGCCGAGGCGCGGGGAAGCUUCUUUCAACCCGACGACACACUGUGAGAGAAGACAUUUGAACUCAGCGAGGAGGUGAUACUGAGUCCCAGAGACUCACUGAGCCACUAGGAACCAUGUUGAAGUUUCAUAACUCGGACCUUUGGAUAGCCUGGAUUGUCAUUUUUUGCAUGGAGGGUUCCAGAUUUGAUCUGAAUACAGCAAAAGUGUGUGUGCGGGCGCUGGACGUCACCGUGUCCCAGAGCAGCAUCCAGGUGGCGCGGGGCCAGGCGGCCGUGCUGCCCUGCUCCUUCACCACCAGCGCCGCCCUCAACAACCUCAACAUCAUCUGGAUGGUCAUCCCGCUCUCCAACGCCAACCAACCUGAGCAGCGUAAACAGGUGAUCAUCUACCAGGGAGGGCAGGUCUUCAGCCUGGCCAACCAUCUGAACGGACGCGUGGGCUUCGUUGCCACCAUGCCCAGCACAAGUGCCUCCAUCUUCAUCAACAACACCCAGCUGACGGACACGGGCACCUACCAGUGUCUGGUCAACAACCUCCCGGACAGAGGAGGGCGCAACAUCGGCGUCAUCGGCCUCACUGUGCUGGUGCCCCCCUCUGUGCCUACGUGCCGGGUGCAGGGCUCCCUGGACGUGGGCAGCGACGUGCUGCUGCUGUGCAGCUCGGAGGAGGGCACGCCCACGCCCUCGUACUCCUGGGAGAAGCUGGACGCGCUGCCCCGGCUGCCCCACACCGCCAUGCAAGACCAGAUGCAGGGCACCGUGACCCUGAGGAACAUCAGCAGCAGCACCUCUGGUCUCUACCAGUGCUCCUCCAGCAACGCUGUAGGCAAGAGCACCUGUCUGCUCAACCUGCAGGUGGUCUCCCCCCAGCCCCAGAGCGUGGGUCUGAUAGCGGGGACCAUCGCCACGGGGGUGCUGGCACUCAUCAUUUGCUCCCUGCUGGUGGUGGUUUCACUCUUCUACUGGAAGAACAAGAACAAGUACGACGAGGAGGAGAUCCCCAACGAGAUCAGGGAGGACGACCUUCCGCCCAAGCGCUCGUCGUCGGGGAAGGCGUUCCACGCCGACGCCUCCUCCUCGGAGAACGACACGCUGACCUCCACCAACACCUACAACAGCCGCUACUGGCACAACCCCAAGCCCAACUACGACACCAACUCCUACACGCGCUACAACGGCGACACGCGCCACACCUUCUCCACCGCCGCCACGCACGGCACACACCCGCAGCACGUGCACGGUCAACACCCCGGCCACGCCCACCCCCACGGCCACGGCCACGCGCACGGACAAGGGCACGGCCACGGCCACGGCCACGGUCACGGGCCGGCGCCGCAGCCGCCGCCGCCCCCACCGGCGUCGUUGGCGGCCGGGGCGGUCUCGGCGCCGGGCUCGGCCCCGUUGCCCCGCCACGCCCCGCCCCAGCUCCAGGGCACCACGGCGACGCUGACUUCCUCCUUGGCCAACGGCGGAAGCCACACACUGCCACCGCCCAAGACCCUGGUGGUCACCACGAACUCGGCCCCCUCCCCGGCCGUGAAGACGCGGAGCAACGGGGCGGCGGGCCACAAGGGGGCGCCGGCGUCGGCGCGCGGCCAGCACACACACUCGUACGCGGUGAGCCAGGCCACGCUGGAGCGCAUGGGGGCGGUGCCCGUCAUGGUGCCCGCCCAGAGCAGAGCCGGAUCGCUGGUAUGAGGUCUUUUCCAAAUCAAAGUGGAGACGGACGCAUGCCCUCACCUUCCUUCCCGCCGCGAGAUCAAUGGAGAACUCACUCUGGAUCGUUCCUUGAGACCGUGCAGCCCAGGACAGCCUUUUCCCUUUAACCAAACCACACCGCUCUUGCUGGGGUUUUUUUUGUUCUCUCUUUUCCCCCCCCAUCUGUCGAUCUCGCUCUACCUUUUUAUUUUUUAUCUCACUUCGUGUUAAGAGAGUGCUUGUAGGUUGUGUCCACAGCCACCGGGGCGGGGCUGAUUCAUGGGCCCCAGUUGUCACUCCCGGUGGCCAGGACGCCCCCUUAAUGAUGUUGGUAGGAAACUCAGAAGGACCGUAUCCCAGUGAGUGGCCCAGAGUGAUUCACAGAUCUCUUACAGAAGAGGAAGCCAUUGUGACUGAAUCAUGUCAACGACUCAGCAGCAACAAACAGGAUCUUCAUCUCCAUGUGUGUGUGCAUGUGUGCUUCUGUGUGUGUGUGUGUGUGUGUGUGUGUGUGUGUGUGUGUGUGUGUGUGUGUGUGUGUGUGUGUGUGUGUGUGUGUGUGUGUGUGUGUGUGUGUCCAUAAAUGCAUGAUCAAACGGAAACAAGCUUGGAACUCGAACAUUAAAAGAAGAAAAACUAAUGAUUAAUGCAUGUGUGCUUUGUUUGAGAAAUCAAUUUGAGAUUAUUUGCAAUGCUUUCUUCUCACGUUUUUUAUUUUGGAUUUGAACUAAAACAGUGAUACAGAUGAUAAUGGUGAUGAGAAAUGAAUUGUUGUUGUUAGAAUGUUUUACCUGAUGCUAUCUGAAUGAAGAAAUUAACAUAUACUUGUUGGAUGAAAUAUGCACGGAAGGUUUAUUAGGAGAUAAAUAAUGGCAAUUUCAAGGGUUGGGGCUUGCCUGUCAAAAUAGUUUUUUAAUAUUUUGCAUCUUAUUUUACAUUAUUAACCAUUUUAUUUUAGGUUUUUGCACUUUUUUAAGCAAUUUUCCAUUUCACUUGCUCUAUUAUAAACCAUACCUGUCUCUUUCAAUUGCAAUGCUUUAUCAAUGGCGGAAAAAAUAUUUGUUUUGCACAUCCUAUUGUUAAAGAAUUGUUACAAGGUAUACAAUGACAUUACGUAUAUCAAUGGCCACUGGUGGAUUCAACAAGCGCUGUAUGUUCCUGGAUAAUUGCACAAUAAUUUCCAUAUAGAUCAGACUGGUAAAUUAUAUAUUUUAAGGUAUGGCUCAAGUCCACAGAGCCAUCAAUUCAGUUUAUCUCCUAUCAGUGCUGCUUACAAAAUAUGAGGAUGUCUACUUUCAUAAAUGAAGUAAGAGAAAAUAGGAGGAAGAGAACUAAUAUAUAUAUAUGUAUGUAUAUAUACAAAUAUAUAUAUGAAAGACGCAAACAAAACAGUUUUUUACUGUAUAUAUUGUAUCUAAUACUGAUAGGCUAUGCUAAGGGAGUAAAACUAUUGAUCUAAUUCUUAAAUGUACAAUGGAUGAUUCAAUUACAUCAAAUACUGUGUUUUAAAUGUACGAAUUCUUUGGGUUUACAGUCAUUUUUUACAGUUAACACUAUUUUAAUUCUAUAGACUAUUUUUAGAUAAGCAGAUAAAAUUUUUUUCAUCAAUCUUCUUAUGACCUAUUGACCCUAUUUUAAUUGGGGGUUUCGAGUUAAUUUGAAACACGCUGAAAUACCAUAUGUUUCGCCAUAUGUUUAGAUACAACAGUAUUUAUAAUAAUUUUUUAACCAACAGUUACUAGAUAAACAAUACUAUAUAAACACAUUAAAUCCAUUGGAGAAAAUGAAUAAAUGUAUACGUGUGGAAAUAUGUAAUUGUCCCAAAGUCUGCCAAUCCUUCUAUAAUCUUGUUACAGAACAUUAAUAAUGAUUACCUUCCAGCAAUGAUGCAACUCCAUGUUAAAAGCUAUUCUCUGUUCAAGUUGAAGUUGUCUCUCGUUUUGUUUUGUUGUCCUGAGGUGCUGGCACACUGCCUCAACAAACACUCGACUGAUAAAUGUCGGCCGAAAUUGGCCCACAGCAAUUCAGCACCGCCACGUCAAGAAACCUCACCAGCCCACCACCACCAACUGGAAUGGCCCGAUGUAUGGGUAUGCUGGAGCAGUGUGCCAACCCCUUAAUCAGGAACUGACUUCAUUAGCAAACAAGGCCAAGAAAGAACAAAUCAAAGUCCCUGUUGUCACGGCUUUGGAUUCCGCCGCCACAUCUUAUUGUUAUUAAAAAUCACCAAGUCCUUUGCUUUUGGGGUUCUUUCCACUCAUCGCACCCUGCAUGACUCCCCCCGCACAACAAAUGUGCACAGCGCCGUGGUGUCAGUGUAGGCCGGCCACCCACCUUCUGUGACAAGAGGCGAUUGAGAGAUGGGAAUUCUAUUCCAGGGAACACGCAUUGCUCUCACUCUUCCCUGGGGCAGCUGAGCGAUAGAUCCACCCGAUGCAAUAUUGUGUUUUUUUUCUAAAUGCGUUCUGUGUGCAGAAAUUCGCUGAGAGGAGAAUAUGAGAGCAGGAGUUUGGCACUGCUGCAGACUGAUGAAGGGAAAAAAGUAUGAAUAGCAAUUAAAUAACUCUAUAAACCCAAUAAAUAUUCAGAUGAUGAGAGCAGCAAGCCAAGCCAGGCAGCCAUGUGUUUCAAAUUACAGAUGAUGCCGUCCACCUCUGAGACAGCCGUAGAAAAUUAAUGAGAUCCGCUGCGUUUCAGCCAUCACCCCAGUCGUUGCAUAUGCAGUUGUUUUCCAUAUUUUUAUUGUAUUCAUGUUUUUGUUUCAUAAUGUGUCAAUAAUAUAAUAAUAUAUUGAGACCUGGGUCAGAUAUCCACCAGUCAAGCUGCUUGGUGUGGUUUAUAUUUAUCACAUUGAGUAGUCUAUCAAUCAUAAAUAAGAAUUAUUAUGAUAAUAAUAGUUUGACAAUUUACUGACUGUUGAGUAUUUCUAAACCAAAGGGAAGGCAAAGUUCUUAAAGUUCAAGAUUUCAUUCAAAAACUUUGCUUUGUCAUUCACCAUGGUCAUUAUAAAAAAAUGUCAAUGUCGAGCAAUAUAGAAUUUUUCACAUUUCCCUAAUAAGAAUUCAGCUCCAUUUAUUGUUCCUGCACAGUGCCCCAAAAGUCUGCUCUGCAGACACAUCCAUGUUUUAAACACACACAUACACACACAUACACACAAAAACACACCAACCUCAACAACCAUCCACAUACACUCAUUAACACAGCUGAAUAAACAUGCACACACACACGCUCACGCUCUGGUCGAGGACAUUAGGGGAGCUGGCUUCACUCAGAUGAUCAAAGAUGUUCUCACCUCAGAACAUCACACCCAACCCUUUGUAGAAAGAAUCAAAACAGCCGCACUAGUAGCAGUAGCCGGACAGCCCUGCCAGAAGCUGCAAGACCUGGCUUUAGGAAAAUAUAAUGAGAGAGCAUGUGCCUACAGGCCCCCACUCUCUCACACCUCACACAACCUCCCCCCACCCUCUGUCUCUCUCUCUCUCUCUCUCUCUCUCUCUCUCUCUCUCUCUCUCUCUCUCUCUCUCUCUCUAAUACACACAAUCCCGCAUCAUCCCUCUCUCACAAUCUCUCUCCCCCACAUCUUCUCUCCCACUUCCAUCCCUUUCCCUUUCCUUCUCCUCCUCCCCCUGACCCUCUCUCAUGGCCUAACCUUCCCUGGUCAUUGGUCUGAGAAGGUGAGGAGGGAAGUCUGCUUCUUCUCCUCCAGUGGUUUCCAAAGGUUGACAAAGUUUGGAGGUCCCUGCCAUGUUUUUCUCUUUCGUGUCAAAACAACUAUAUAUAUAAAAAAACAAACCUCCUUACUGGGACUUUUUCAUUAUUUUUCAUUCUUUGUUUUGGUUGGUUUGGUUGCUCUGAAUCACGAGGCGAGUCAUGGAUUAUUGAGCUUUUGUUCUGACUCUCUGUCAACGUCUAGGUCAUUUAAACCACAAGUGGUACGAUGUCAUUUGGUUGAAUGCUAGUAUGGUGUUGAACAUAAAUCAACGGCAAAGGGGUGCAAAAUACCACAGAGCAAAGAACCCGUUGUGUAAAUAUUCCGAAUGCAACCUUGUGCUUGGUGUUUGGAUGGAUUGGAAGUCGGAAAACGAGUGUUGGAGGAGGUUGUAGUGAAUAAAUCAUGUUAAUACAUUCUAA